UCCUGGAAGAAGCGGCUGAGAACCUGAAGACACCGGAUCAGUUCAACGCAGAAAAGGCUGCAAAGAAAAGCAAAGUGCACAUUUUCCUGUCGAUGAACGGGAUCGACAUUCUGGAAAACAAAACWAAGUUUCUCCUGUACUCGUGUCCYCUGUCCACCGUCUCCUUCUGCGCCAUCCUGCCGUCUUCACCCAGAGUCUUUGGCUUUGUGGCCCAGCAUCCUGCAGCCAACACCUACCACUGYUACCUGUUCCAGGACAAGAAGUUUGCUCAAGUACUGGUCUCGGUUAUUGGUGAUGCCUUUCAAGCUUCAAAAAAGGAGGGAAACAGACGAGGAGGAAGCGAUCUGAAAGUGGAAGCACUCAGACACAAGAAUAAAAUGUUGCAGAAAGAGAACGAUGAGCUGAAAAGGAAGCUUGCAGCUAAAGCGAACUAGCUGUUUGUGUAAAAGCUGGACAUCUUGUACAAACAUGAACACAAUUAUUGUAAAAAAACAAAAAAAAACAAACAAUGUUUAUUUCCCUGUAUUUUAUGAUCAUUCUGGGAAAACAAAUACAGAAUGAAAGAAUGCUAAUUGGUGCCAUUAACAGUCAGGCUUUAAUUGAACUUGCAACUUAAAAAAACUGAAAAUUACAGUUAUGAUUAUCCAAGGAGAUUCAUUAAAAAUAACCAUUUAAGAAAAAGAAAUAA